AUAGCGUUUCAGUAUCCAUAAAUUGAACAAAUUUUCAUUACUGAAAAAAGCUAAUUAAGAGGAUUAAUUUAUAAACUUUUAUGAUUGUGUCUUCCGAAUUAGAUCCUCAGCUUUUCUUUCAUCGACGAGAUAAAAUUGUUCUAUUGUAUAUCACAAAAUUGCGAAGAUAACCUUCUAGUAUCUCCUAUAUUUCAAUCACGUGGUUUUAUUUACCUUUCCGACUUGAACUCUUUGCCUUUGUACAAGUGUAUAAAUUAAAAAUUCGAUAUUUUUUUUAAAAUAAAUUUGCUUUUUUGACGGUUGUUAUGGAAACAACCUCUGUAAAAUAACGAAAUUAAGCCACUCAAACAGAUGAGAAUCUUGUUAAAACACACAAAUUAAAUAACGUUGUAUUUCGCAUUUUAUGCUUAUUAUUUUAUUUGUAAAUUGUGAUUCAAUAGUGAUUCAACCCCGACGUCAAACUGUCUCACAACGGAGAAAAAGACCGAAACCGAGGCAGCAUGCCAGAACCUGUGCAUCAUCAAAUAAACGCUGCUCGCAAAACAUUUCAAACGCUUUACCAAAUCUCGAAGCUAUUAAAUACAAAUUUAGAUCCUACAACGUUAAGUAUAUGCAUACGAUUAUGCGAGAACGGCGUAAAUCCAUAUGCGCUUGCAACAGUUGUUAAAGAAUUACAAAGAGAAGUAAGAGCUAUGGAUAGUAUGAAUCAACUUGAUUCUCCUACGAGCAAGUCUAGUUUAAAUAAAUAAUCGCCAAUUAUGUCUUCUUCAUAAUUUAGAUACUCAAAUGAACUCUGUUAAUCUAUAAUUUUGUACACAUAUUCCGAUUAUAUAUUCUCAACAAUGAAAUAUUGAAUUGUUUGUAUUGCUUAUAAGAUUAUUGAUUGUUGCCCACUAUUACAUCUUUAGUGAUGUUACUGAUGAAUUGCUAUUAGUUGAAUUUGUCAAUGUCUAAAGUAUACUUUUAACAUUUGUAAUUGUUCUAGCAUAAGGCCAAUAAACAUGUGACUAAUAA